AUGCUGACGCAAAAAGACCCAUCAGCGAAGAAAGGAGCCACGACGGAGACUCGUCGACCUUUGCAGAAUCCCUUGCAGCAUCCUUUUAAGAACUGCCCUAAGUGCAGGGAGAUGCAGAUGCUGCGCGAGAGCUUGAGGGAGAUCGUGCUGCACGACGAUGACCUGGACCUCCAUUUCUGCGCCGAGACUUUGGCAGACCCGCUGCUCGCGUGA